UUUCUUUCUGGUUCCAUUCUAGUCUUGAAUUGUUUGGAGGUUAUGAGACUUCCUUGCUUGGACGCAGGGUAAUAGCGGUGGAUUCGUUGGACGCUUUAGCAGCGAGAUUUACGCUUUAUAACAUCUAUUAGUUCGUGCUAAUACUGUUAGGAACCCAUUUGGCCUAAGGCUAUCGCUAACCACCUCCAACGCGAAACGACGACCAGAGCCACGUGGACUGAAACUCGGCUAUUUAAGGGCGUGCUCGUUACCUCGCCACUUCGUGAAGUUAAGGUAUCUCUCAGGAGCGGCACCAGUAGCUGUACGUCUUGACAGCUCGCUCCCUUCGUUGCAUGCUCGGACCCCUCAGCGUCGUUCAUCUCAUCUGCAACGCCAGGCACUGACCUCAAUUUAAAAUGAAGAAAUUAAAAAACCGUCCGGAACCGUGAUGCGAAAAAAAGCGCAUCGAAAUCGACGAGCCGGCAGUGUGGUCAGGCGCACAUUGCGUACACGUCUAGCUAUAAGGCGCAGCCACUUUCAGGAGGUACAGGUAUUUCCAGGCGUGAGGAGUCUAUUUUGUGGCGCCUCAAAAAUAGACUUUCAGGAGGUACGGGUAUUUUCAUCGAAUCUCCACGCAUUUCAGCUAUAAGGGUCAAUGUUUUUUCCAAAGGUACCGUUGCUCCCUCAACCACGUCCCACGCGUUUCAGCAUGCCUGCGAGCAGCAUGCCUGCAAAUCUCUAUUCAAGAGCGCGAACGUCUAAGGCAUCGCGUCCCGUUCCCGCGCUCCUGCUAUCGCUCAGCGGCGCGGUUCUCGUUGCCGCCCUAUUGGCCAGUUCCGCCGCCCGCUCCUGCGCACAAGAGCCAUCGGCGGAAGCGCGCGGUCGCGGCUUGCCUGCCGUCCCCGUUAUAAGCUCACCACGGUGGCCGCGCAGAACACUACUCGCUGACUCCAGCGGAAACAGUAGCAGUAGCAACAACAGCAAUAACAGCGGAAACAACAGCAGCGGGAAUAGUGGGGGAAACGGCAGCAGCGGGAGCGAUACGGUUGUGGUUAUAGCGCUGGUGGUGGCUCUCGUGGUGUCCGUGAUUGUAUCGCUGGGCGCUACAGUGGUGGCCUUUAUGCUGUGGAAGCGACUGCCGCCCAGACAAAAGACAAGGCCAGGAGAAUCCUCAGGUGCUGCAGCUACAGUAUCUUCCUCAGUCGCUCCUGAAGAGGAGGUGGGGAUAAGGGGAGGGGGAGGUGGCGCGGAGGGGAGAGGAGGAGGUGAUGCGGAGGGGGGAGGGGGGGGCUCUAGCAGGGGGAGGGAGGAGAGGGGAGAGGGGAAGAAGAAAAAGACGAUAGCAAAUAACGAAGGUGGAGGAAGGAAAGGGCGGGGUAGAGGAGAAAGUGAUCGAGUGGAAGAGGACGCAGGGGAGGAAGGGGAGGAGGAGGAGGGGGGGGGGGAGGAAGAGGAGGAGGAGGAUAGACGGCAACAGCUGCGGAGGCUGAAAAGGGAAGAGCAGCAGAGGCAGCAGCAGGAGCAGGCGCAGCAGCAGCAGCAGCAGCAGGUUCGGCCCGAGCCUGACGAUCCAGGUUCGACAGGAGGCACGGGAACGUUUGACAUUCAAAAGGUGGUCAGCUUUCCUCUCAAGCACCUGGUAGACGCCACCAAUAAUUUCGCCUCGGGCAACCACCUCGGGCAGGGCACCUACGGAAUGGUGUACAAGGCGAAAUUACCCUCCGGGGACGUGGUAGCGGUGAAAAGAGCCAAGGCCGACAGGAAGCAGGACGCGGGGAAAUUCCGCGUGGAAAUAGAAUUGCUAUCGAGGGUUAGUCAUAAGAACCUCGUGCGGCUGGUGGGGUAUUGCAGGGAGGGCGGAGAGCAGCUGCUGGUGUAUGAAUACGUGGCUGGAGGGAACCUGUCGCAGAACCUCAACCCCACCUGGAGAGAACGCCACAGCCGCCCCCCUCUGAACUGGACGGAGCGCCUGCUCAUAGCCGCAGGGACAGCACGCGGAUUGGCGUAUUUGCACGAGGAGAUCAACGUGCCGUUCAUCCACCGCGACAUCAAGGCCAGCAACAUCAUGAUCGACCGCCACGUGGUGGCCAAGAUCGCAGACUUCGGCACGUCCAAGCCCAUGACGCCCGAGGAGCUGCGGAAGCUGUCGGUCACCAUCCAGGGCACUGCGGGCUACUGCGACCCUGACUAUCUGCGCACGGGGCACUCGUCGAAGCGCAUCGACGUGUACUCGUUUGGCAUCGUGCUGCUGGAGCUGAUCACCGGCAAGGGCCCGCACAAAGUCAACCGCCCCUACCGAUUUGAUGUCAAGGAUCGCUUCGACAGAGGCGGGCUACCUGCCAUAGUGGACCCCACCAUGGGGCUGUACCCCGCGGACGAGCUGCAGCACGUGUUGGACCUCGCCCUGCGCUGCACCGACAUCCAGAACCCCUCUGCGCGCCCCUCCAUGUCCCGCGUGGUGGCGGAACUCGAAGCCGUGCUCGAACCAGAGACCGUCACUCGCUUCCAUACCUCCUCCGGGCCUCCCUCCCACGGCUCGGCUUCCUUCCAUACCGCCCAGUCAGGCUUGGGAGUGGUUCCAGGAGGGCACGGAUUGGGCCAGAUGCGGUUCACCGAAGCUGGGAAGCAGGUGGGGCCGGUUGGUGUGGGAGGGGAUGCAGGUUCGGCGGCAGUAGGGCCAGCGGCAGCAGGCUCGGCAGUGGCAGGUUCGGCAGUGGCAGGUUCAGCAGUGGUAGGUUCGGCAGUGGCAGGUACGGCAGCUGCGGCAGCGUUGGCUGCGGCAAUCAGUUCGGCUUCUCCGUCUCGUGCUGAUGCUGGUGGUCCGACUCACCCACCUCAAUCUCAACCCCCCCACCCAUCUCACCUCCAACACUCCCUCCCUCCCCAUAUGCCCCAUCCUGCCUCGAAACGAACGCCCGGCCCUCCAGCAUACAAAGGCCGAGCAGCAGCAGGUGCUGCUCCUCCUGUGGCGGCAGUAGGGGCCCAGUCUGUCACUGGUGCUGGGUUUGUUGGUGGGGAUAUUCGGGGUAUGGGUGGGGAGGGGGACAAUGAUGGGUCAAUGGGUCAGUACAAUCCACAUAGGGGUGGUGCAUAUGCUGCGGGUUAUGGUGUCGGCAUGGGGAUGACACCUGCACCAGCUCCUGCCUUCCGUGGGGCUUCAGGAGCACCUGGGGUAGGUGCAACUGGGGAGGGUGGUACUGGCGGUGGUGUGGCUGGGAAUGGUGCCGAUGCUGCUGCUGCUCAAGGGAUUGGGACUGGAGGGCGAUAUGCUAAGGAUAAGAGAGGUGGUGGUGGAGAUGGAGGGGGGGGUGAGGAAGAGGCGGAGGGGUAUGAUGAGAGCAUGGAUGCGUCAUUCGAUAACAGUGGGUUUGAUCGCAGCGGGGUGUUCAGUUACGGGGCCAUGCCGCCUGCUUAGACUCGAUCAAUGAUGUUGGUUCAAGCACCUGCAAGUGAUUAUGUCUUGCAUUUGUUUGAACGCGUUGAUUUUGCGUAUGUUUCUGAUUUGUCUAGCCCUGCUUGGGAUGCGUAUUGCAUGCAUUGUAUGUUCGAGCCCAAGUUGAUACUACUAUUGCUCAAGAACCAGC